AUUCCUGUACGUGUUGUGCCUGUACAAUCUUCGAAAGCAAACAUACUAACGAGACACAAGAGAUACAGAUCAUCCGAGAGCAACAUGAGCAGCGGAAUAAUCGACCUCGGCCAGAUGGCGCCGGAGCUAUUCCAGCCCGUCCCGCCCAAGAAAGGCCGUAAACCUCGUGCCGCGAAGUCUACACCUUCCACCGCCGCUGCUACCAUCACUGCUGCUACCGCGUCCGCGGUACCGGACCCAGCCACCGCCCCUCCGGCUCCCGUUCCCGCAGUCGAUAGAACCCUCGUCCCAAUCUCUACAAACGUCUAUCUCGACCCCUCCACCCACACCGAUGUGCAAGAUCCGGCAGAUCCGGACCUCCCGUUCCUAUCGAUCCCCCUUCCCGGCGAGUCCACGGAUUCAGUACCAGUCUAUGACUCCUGCGAUGAGCUCCGCCGCAAGAUCCGCGCCUUCUUUCGCAACCCAAAGUACUCCAAGGUCACGCAGAAGAAGUUUCGCGAGGCGAUUGGCGACGUGAACGCUAAUACCUAUAGGAGGUUCAUGGAGAAGAAGGGCGAGACUGCGGGUGCGGAGUGUGGCAUGUUUUACGGGAGCUACGUUUUCUUUGAGAAGAUGAGGGUUUGGGAGGGGAAACCGAAGGGCAUUCGCAGGGUUAGGAGUGAGAUUGAGUAUGCUAUUUUCCCCUCCUUUCCGGAUCACUGCCGGGGGUAUGUUUGCUAAUGACAUACACGGAUAGAUUCCCGCAUGGGAGACCCAUGAUCGACGAUAACCGCCGUGGAGUCUGGGUCAUUAGCAGGACUCCCGCAAAGAGAGGCGGGGGUAGGAGAAAGGGGUGGUAUUAAAAACCUACGCCGUGUCUCACUACUCUUCCCCUCUCUCCUAUUUCGCUUUUUUCACUCCUCUCUACUCUUUCCUUUAGGGAAGACGGGUCAAUGGCACAGUAUAUUUCCUGAUCAAAAAAUUUCAUGGGUCUUGUUUUGUUUUAUUUUCUAUUGGUUCACCCGGGUGGCUUUCGUGAUUUUGCGAUUGUAUUCUUAUCCUAUCUCCUCGUGUGUAAUGGAGCUUUUCACCUCAUUUGUUAAAUGACUUGGGGUUGUGACCGUGGGUGUACCGUAGUUAGUUGUGUGUUUGUCUGACAGCAAGUGUUGUGGGUUCGAUGUUUGCUAUCACUGAACAAGUUGUGUUACUAU